AUGAUGGCCUGCCCCGGCGGCGCUACGCUCACCACAGAAUGCAUGACUGAAGCACAGUAUGACGAGCUGCUGGCAGCGGUGAGAGGCCACUUGGAAUCCCUUCCGGAGACAUGCACGGCAUCCAACUGCCCGCAGGCCGACUGGGCGGGCUGCGUCCUGCGCAUGGCCGGCCACGAUUUCAUGGACUUUGCCAAUGGCCAAGGAGGCUCCGACGCAUGCACCGAUAUGUCUGAUCCUGACAACGGUGGGCUGCCCGCCUGUCUCUCCUCCGGAGAGCAUGGAAUCUCGUUGGUGGAGGUCUACCAGAGCUACUGCGCCACCGUGUCCUUGGCCGACUUCCUGGUGAUCGCCGCAGAGGCAGUGAUGAUGUCGACACGGGCGCGGCAUCUCGCCCAGGCGUCGUCAGCGCCCCAACUCGACUUGAAGUCCUCCUUCCGCUUCGGCCGGACCACGGCGCUGAGCUGCGCCUUCGCCGAAGGGCGCCUGCCGAACCCCGAGCGCGGCUGCCACGCUGUGGAGGAGACCUUUGUUGACAACAUGGGCCUCGACUGGACGGAGGCUGCGGCCCUCAUGGCCGUCCACACACUGGGUCGUGCACAGGUGAGCAACUCAGGCUAUCAUGGCUGGUGGAGCGAUCCCGAGAACUCGCGGCGCUUCAACAACGACUAUUUCGUGUCCCUGCUGGCCAAGGGCUGGGUGCCGGAGCGGGCCAUUUCGGGCAAUGCCGCGAAGAAUCAGUGGGAGCGCAGCGACGUGGGCCGUGAUACGUCGUUUGAUGGCCACGAGAUGAUGUUGAACACCGACAUGUGCUUGGUUUACAGCGAACCUGGCCCGACCGGUGGUCCCGUCCUGGCUGAUGUGCACGAUUGUUGUGGCUGGCUCACCGCCCGAACAAUUGCUGGCGCUGUGGCGAGCAACGGGGGUGAGUAUUGCGGAGGACAGCCACCGGAACCACGCCAAGAGCGGCAACGGUGCUGCGGACCUCAGCAAGGUGACUGUGGUAUGCGGGACAACCCGCAAGGACCCGCCGCCCAGGCGGUGCUGAACUUUGCAGCCGAUGAGACCGCGUGGUUGCAGGCCUUCGUCCGUGCAUGGACGAAGGCAGUGGAAAACGGUCAGACGAACUUGAAGCGCCUUGGGGAUUGCUCCACGACAUCGACUUCCACCACUUCCUCUUCAGGCGGUCCAUCCAAUACUGCGACCACCUCCGCCGCAGCAGAUGUAUCCGACACUACGACGACCUCCACCGCACCAGAUGCAGUCACCACAGAGAGCACCAGCGGCGAGACACAUGUCCAGGAUAAGGUCAGCUCCUUUGGCUGCUUGGACCUAUGCAACUGCUGCACCAUAGCUGUCGCCGCAAGCACCCAUCGCGAGGACUGGUACUCUGCCAACAUGAGCCCGGCUACCGCUGGGCUUGCCACAUCGCUGUUUCGACGGCUUGGCCUGGCUCAGUCCGCCCCCGCAGACCUAUCGCUGAACAUCCUGGAGACCCAUUGCGGCGACGCCCUCGCAGCGAGCGAGCUGCUACCGCUGCCAUGCGUCGCGAGCUACACGGCAUGCGACUUCAGCGAAGGAAUGCUGUCCUGUGCGGAAAAGCGGCUGGGAGGACGAGGAAAGUGCGUGGUUGGCGACUCCACAGCACUUCCGUUCGAGAGCGCAUCGUUCGACCGCUAUGUCUCGAACCUCGGCUGCUGCUGCACCUCGGAUCUCACGGCGAAGCUGUCUGAAGCACGCCGCGUGCUGAAGCCAGGUGGCUUAGCAGCAAUGUCCAUGCGCAUCGCCGAGCAGGAGGGCGACACAUCCUUCGCGCUGACUGCCAGAACCUUGAAGCCGUUCGGAUACCCGCCGCAGCCCGACAGAGAAGGCCUCCGCAUUGGCCUCGAUCUGGAUCUGCUCCGAGCGCGGCUGCGCACCGCCGGCUUCGAGGAUGUCACAGCCUGGCGCAGCUGGGUGAGCGUUCCUUUGCAGACGCUGGAUGAUUUCAUGCAGUGGAAUCUCGGCCAGCCACCCGUCAGAAAGUUUCUGGAUGGGCUGAACGAGGAGCAGCGGGAGGAGGCCUUGGCGGCCCUUCGCGGAGCGGCAGCGAAGCCGCUGGCCGAGGGCGCAGUACAGAUUGGCGUGGCUGUGGUUUCCGGUCGCGCUGGAAGCGCCCCGUGA